CUUUAUCUGCGUGGAAAGUACAUUACCCAUGCCUAGUUAUUAAAAAAUAUCUUAAAUAAAAAAACACAAUGAAUUUUGCCUGUGUUAACAUUCAAUAUUUGUUUUCUGUACAUUUAACAAUACUACUUCCACAUGAUACUGAAUGUACCAUUUCUCAUUUGUUCUAUGUAAUUACAAAUUGACACUGUUUACAUUUUAUUGUUACUAACAUUGAUUUUAUUCCUCAUUUGUUCUAAUUCCUUUUGUGUAAAUCUAUAUACAGGAUGCCCUGCAAGAAUGGAACCAUAGGAGUUAUGUUGAUUUUUUAUGUAUUCUUUCACAGUUAAGUUGUUUGUUAAGUUAUGGCAAUGCGACACUUGGGUGAUCUACCUAGGGGGAUGCCUUCCGGGAGGUCUUUUUAAUGGAAACUGGUCCCUAUUUGGGCGUUACAGACGCGGAGAAAACCCGGAAAACUCCACGUGGCCAGCCCGUCCAAGCGAGGCACAAAUCCACAGCCGAACUCCCAGUGUUCGGGGUACUAAGACCGCUUGGCCACUUGUGGGCUCUUCACAGUUAAGGCACGUUGCCAAAGAGCAACAGGCAAAAUCUAGACUGUCACUCAAACAUGAUGAAUUAAGAAAUAAAAAUCAACAUAUUCCUAUGAUUCCAGACCAUGGGAACCUGUAUAUGUCAAAUGUCGGAACGUAUCGACUCAGAGAUCCAGAAUUAACAAAACUCAUUGUUUCUAGUGCCCUUCGACUCGGUUACAAGUUAAUCGACACUGCAUCCGGUUAUAAAAAUGAAGAAGUCAUCGGUAAAUGUCUGAAAGAGGAACUGAGUAAGGGAAACAGACGACGAGAGGAUGUAUUCAUUACUAGCAAGUUAGGUCCGGCUCAGCACGGAAGACAGCAGGCUCGGGCAACGCUGACAAAAUCGCUGAGCGACCUUCAGACGACCUACCUGGACCUGUAUCUGAUACACUGGCCGGGCUGCAGCGGGUUGCAGCCAAAUGAUCCACGGAAUUCCAUUCUACGUAAGGAGAGUUGGCUAGAAAUGGAAGAAAUGUACAAAGAAGGUAAAAUUAAAGCUAUUGGUGUUUCAAACUAUACUAUUGCUCAUCUUGAAGAAUUGUUAAGCUACUGUUCCAUUCCACCUGCUGUUCUACAGGUUGAAAUUCACCCAUUCUUGUGCCAGAAAGAAUUGAGAAAGUUCUGUAACCAGCAUGACAUUCAUGUCCAGGCAUAUUCUUCAUUGGGGGCUUCUGCCGGAUGUGUGGAGCUGAUGUCCAAUGAAGAGGUACAAGAUAUAGCAAAAUACCUCUCCAAGUCACCAAGCCAAGUACUGCUAAGAUGGGCAAUACAACACAGUAUAAGUAUCAUUCCAAAGACUUCCAGAGUUGACCGGUUGGAAGAGAAUGCAAAUAUAUUUGAUUUUUCAUUAAGUGACAACGAUAUGAAGCGGUUAGAUGAUCUAGACAGAGAUUGUCACUAUUGUUGGGAUCCAAAACUUAUUUUGUAGUUUUAUAAAUCUGAAAAAUAUCUGUGAUGAAGAA